AUGUUAGCGGUGGGGCAGAUGGAGGCAAACCGGCAGAGCGCGUUCGUCCUGGGCAGUACUCCUCUGGCCGCGCUGCACAACAUGACGGAGAUGAAGACGUCUCUGUUCCCGUACACGCUGCAGCAGGGUCCCGCUGGGUUCAAGGCCCCCUCGCUCUCCAGCCUCAGCUCGCAGCUCGCCACCCCGCACGGCAUCAGCGACAUCCUGGGCAGACCCAUCACCACGGCCGGGCAGCUGCUGUCGGGCUUCCCACGGAUAAACGGACUGGCCACGACCGCGGGGAUGUACUUCAGCCCGGCGGUGUCGCGGUAUCCCAAGCCGCUGGCAGAGCUCCCAGGCCGGGCUCCUAUUUUCUGGCCCGGGGUGAUGCAAGGAUCGCCCUGGAGAGACCCGAGAGUUCCCUGUCACACUCAGGCCAGUCUCAUGAUGGACAAGGACGGGAAGAAGAAGCACUCCAGACCCACGUUUUCCGGACAGCAGAUAUUUGCUCUGGAGAAAACCUUUGAACAGACCAAAUAUCUGGCGGGACCGGAGCGAGCGCGUCUGGCCUACAGUCUGGGCAUGACGGAGAGCCAAGUCAAGGUCUGGUUCCAGAACAGACGGACCAAGUGGAGGAAGCGGCACGCUGCAGAAAUGGCCACGGCUAAGAAGAAGCAUGAUUCGGAGACGGAGAAGAUGAAGGAGAGCUCAGAAAACGAGGAAGAUGACGAGUACAACAAACCCCUGGACCCAAACUCAGACGACGAGAAAAUCACGAGACUUUUAAAGAAGCACAAAGCCACGAACCUGGCGCUGCUCAGUCCCUGCAGCAACAGCUCGGACACGUUGUGA